AUCCAGAGGACUUUCAGCAGUGGCUUGCCGCUCUCGGACCGACGCAUGGUGUGGAGCCAAUGACCAAGGCCCGACGAACCUUUUUAGCCUGGGCGAGUGAACGCGGCGACACGGCGCUUGUGCAAGAGCUGCUGAAGACGACCUGGGCAGACCCUAAUUCUAUUGAUCGUUACAGGAAGACCCCGCUGGUGUACGCGCUUGAAUGGAGUCACUACGAGAUAGCGGACAUGCUGAUGUCUGGCUCGGGGGAUGACAGAGAUCGUAAGCACGAUAUUGUGUCGCUAAAGCUGAUGGUUCAAGAGAGCCGAGCUCGAUUGCUGAAACCGUUCCUGGAGCGGUACAAGCCAGAUCUGAGCAACGAGGACGAGUCGAGCCCAAUUCCUCUGAUGAGAUGGGCACUACAGCAGGCCGAUCGCUCGACGGUGGCCAUUCUUCUAGAACACAAGGCUGGAGUAGAUGGGCUGGAGAACGGGGACUGGUUUGGUCCUUGCAGCGUGGCUGGAACACCAGCAAAUCUACUGUUGGCUCACACUCGGACCGAUGGUGCCUCAAUUCCUGUGAUGGAUAUGACCAUUCCAGAUGGUGAUCGUGCGGCGUUAACGGCAUUGUUAAGCCAUCGGAGGCAGAUGAUGACGCUUGACGAUGGCUACGAUGGGAGAUAUAGCCGUGGGCUGAAAUCCAGUGUCGCAGUGGAUAUUGUGGUCUACAGGGAUGGACGGCGUGCGGCGCGUUGGAUUAAUGACGAUACUUUGUACCAAGACAUAAAGGCAAUGCCCAAGACGGCAGACGAGACACAUCUUCUACUCUUCCGAGAAAAUCAUUAUUGGAACACAUAUUGCCAACUGACCGAUACGCCAAACGAGCUGCAAUUUUCUCUCGGAAAUAAAAGUCCCUGUCGAACUUUCUCACUGUUUGUCCGCCUGGACAUGAAGAUCGGGACCUCCUUUACCGACGACCAGGACGACGACCGCAAGGUCCGCAUUAUCGAAUGGGCCGUUCUGGAAGCGCCUCAGAAGACUAUCCACUACUUCAGCAACCUGUCAUACGGAUGGAUCCCUGAGAGUGACCUGGAGCUGGUGCAGCUGUUUAUGCAAACAUGGCGGGACGACUGGAUCGCGUUUUGCCGGGAGGCUCGGGGGUACUUGGGACGGCUGCGAACACAUCAAUUGACUGCCCGAGGCAAAGAUGACCGACUUAUUGACUCUAUCGCCGAAAGCAUGCAGCAAUGGACGCAAAUUCAAGCAUCGUUGGCCGAGCAACUUAGCCAGGCUAGGUGUUUUGUGACGCAGUACCAGCGGUUCAGCGAGACGCGCAAGUUCAGUGAAAAGAUGCAGAUUAUGAUAGAUGGAUUAGACAAAGAGAUAUCAGGACAGAUUGAUAAGCUAGAGCAGACGGUGCGCGAUUUGCUGCAGAUUGAAUUUGCGUGGGUGUCAAUUAAUGAGGCGCACCGGUCGACUAGCUUGGCGACGAGCAUGAAACGGCUCAGUUGGAUUACGUUCAUUUUUCUUCCCUUGACAUUUGCUUUAUUCGGCAUGAACGUGGAUAUCCUCAGCGACAACCCUUCAUGGCGCUGGUAUCCUCUCAUUGGAGGAGUUCUACUGCUAUUGACGGUGGCAGUAUGGCUGUCGAGCAAGUUUACGAAUAUUGAGCGAUGGGUAGAGGAUCAAGCGGAGCAGCUUAUCAAUGGACGUCAGAAGAAAGAGACACUCGUGUGGUGAUACCCGUGUUAACUGGUUAAAAUUCACACCAAACACACUAAGUAAUACAAUAUCAU